AUGGCUCGAUUCCAUUCCAAUAUCGAGAAAUUCUCUAGCAUCUUUGUUAAAGCAGAGAAUAGUAGUACUUUCUCAUAUGACUACGGAACCCUACCGUACCCUCUAUUCUGCUUCAGUUUUUGCGUCAUUCAAAAGCUAAAAUGCACAGAGCCGAGUAGUGCUAGAUCGAAUGCAGUUUACAACAAACCGCUUGUAUUCGAGCGCCCAAUUAGUCGAUUCAAACUAGCAUCAUCACCAGAAUCGCUUUCCACUAUUGCAGGAAUGUUGGCCAACACACCAAUCCCUUUCCUUUUGGAGAAUCCGAUGUUAUGGAUGGAGUGUAAUGAAUUAGAUUCGAUACCAUUGCACAGUCAUGAAGACGUCGUAAAGAAGAUUUCAAAGUUUGCCAGUAGAAUCAUACGUGGUCACGCGUCGGCAAACUCAACACAAGCUUACUAUAAGCUCCACAUCACCAUUGUGAUUGAGAAGACGGUGGCUAUACCAACUCUUUCAGAACAUGAUUCCUUUUUAAGCUUACAUGAUUCGCUUCUAUCACGUCUUAAUAGGUAUAAGUUCAGUUUGAUGAGAUUGCGGAUAUUAGCCGGAGAAUCGAUGGAGGGCAUGUUUGAUGAAGCAGUGGCGGCAGUGUUGCAGUCGGCAAUGGAGGCGUUGAAGAAGUUUAGAUACAGCGGAAGCAUUGAUGAUCAUGAUGAUCAACAAUCAAAGUUGAUAUGUGGGGUUUGUAUGGAAGGGGUGAUGAUUGGAUCCCAUGUCACUCUCAUGCCUUGCUCUCACAUGUUUCAUGAAUAUUGCAUUCUAGAGUGGUUAGAAAGGAGUCCAACGUGCCCUAUUUGUCGCUUCAAGUUGUUAAUUAAUAAUAGUUAA